AUGGCUCCGGGUGAGCUGUGCUGCGACAACCGCAUAUGUGGUGGCAAGUCGAGCAGCGGAUCGAUGACAGCCACGAGUUCCUCUUCAUCAGAAUCAAUAACCACCUCGAGAACUUCGACGACGACCGCAGCUUCUGGCACACGCACAGCGACCGGCUCCGAUACGACAGACGAUUCGACCUUGGCCACCGACGACAUUCUGAGCAUCAUCCAAACCGCUGUCCCUGCCGCGGCACAGAGCGACUCUGCCUCUGCGUGUUUCCUAUCGGCCGAUCACGAUUCUGUAUAUACCACACCUGACUGGUACGUCGGUCUUCCAAGCCAGGCACAGAGCUACUUUUCCUCUGUGCAUGCCGCAUCCGCGUCCGACGGGUCCUGUACCGCUGAUGCCGCCUCAGGCGGAAGUGGUCACGGCAGCUCUCUUUCAACGGGUGCAAUUGUGGGAGCAGUCAUCGGUUCGAUUACUGGCGCGUUGAUCCUCGCCGGCCUAGCGUUCUUCGCCUUGAGAGCUGGGUGGUUCGCGGCAUGUUGUGGAGGAGCAACUGGGGCGGCGGCUGCGAGAGAGGAUGGCUCUGAGGAAAAAGCUGAAAGAAUGGGCAACACCCCCAUACCACCGUCCGUAUCGGGCGGGCCUGAGAUGAGCGGUGGUGGACUAGGAUGGGGAAGCAUGUCUGGCGGUAGCUACACAAGAGCAUCUGGCAUGUCGGAACGCGCUUCAACAAGACAUGCUAGAUUCUCGGUUCCAGUUGGGAGCCGGUUGAGGGACGACGAGGGUUCAAAGCGAGUAUCACGAACCAAGCACAAGAACGGUAUCAUCAGUGAGCAGUACAGGUCUACCGCCUCUGGAACACACUCCGUCGCCUCCAUCACCUGUUUGGUCGAAGGGGUGAUAUAA